GCGCCGAUCCCAUCGGAGACGGUCGCGGCAGCGCGUGCCGAGCGGCGCCCGCUUCCCGCCCGGGCAGCUCCCGCCGGAGGGUUUGGGAAGCGGCGGCCGGAGUGGCGGUGCUUUUUGUGUCCCGGGUCGAGGUUAGCUCCGGUGAAGGCCCGAGGCAACCUGUGGGGUCUGCACGCCGAGGUGACCACCCCUCGUCGCCGCCGCUGGUCGCCGCUCGGAAGUCCCGGGCAUCCCCCUGCGCCCCGAGCGGCCGAUACCCAGGUGAGGCACCUGAGGUAUCUGGACCUGCCCGGGGCGCGGGGUCGCUGCAUGCCCGGGCUGCUCUAGGGCGAUCGGUGGUGAUCAUCAGCUUCUGACCCUCCCGGGGCUGCUCUUCCCAGCACAACCCCGGUGCCAAGGCUUGGAUAUCUCGACACUUGGCCUGUAGCUCAUGCCUGACAGUGAAGGGAGAAAAAGGACUGAGGGACAAUGGAUGCAAAGGCCCGGAAUUGUUUGCUUCAACAUAGAGAAGCUCUGGAGAAGGACAUCAAGACGUCCUACAUCAUGGACCACAUGAUCAGUGACAGCGUUUUAACAAUAGUCGAGGAGGAAAAGGUGAAAAGUCAGACCACUCAAUAUCAGCGAGCGGCUGCUUUAAUUACGAUGAUACUUAAUAAAGACAACGGGGCCUACAUUUCAUUCUACAAUGCUCUGCUCCAUGAGGGAUACAAAGACCUUGCUGCCCUUCUUCACAGUGGCCUUCCUCUUGUGUCUUCUUCCAGUGGCAAAGACACGGAUGGCGGAAUCACUUCAUUCGUAAGGACUGUGCUGUGUGAAGGUGGAGUACCACAGAGGCCAGUUGUUUUUGUUACUAGAAAGAAGCUGGUAAAUGCGAUUCAGCAGAAGCUCUGGAAAUUGAAUGGUGAUCCAGGGUGGGUCACCAUAUAUGGAAUGGCAGGCUGUGGGAAGUCUGUAUUAGCUGCGGAAGCUGUUCGAGAUCAUUCCCUCUUAGAAGGUUGUUUCCCGGGGGGUGUACACUGGGUUUCAGUUGGAAAACAAGACAAAUCUGGACUUCUGAUGAAACUGCAGAAUCUUUGCACACGGUUGGAUCAGGAAGAGAGCUUCUCUCAGAGGCUUCCGCUUAAUAUCGAGGAGGCUAAAGACCGUCUCCGUGUUCUGAUGCUGCGCAAACACCCAAGGUCUCUGUUGAUCCUGGAUGAUAUUUGGGAUCCUUGGGUGUUAAAAGCUUUCGACAACCAGUGUCGUAUUCUUCUUACAACCAGAGAUAAGAGUGUUACAGAUUCGGUAAUGGGUCCUAAGUAUGUUGUCUCUGUGGAGAGUGGCCUAGGGAAAGAGAAGGGACUUGAAAUCUUGUCGCUUUUUGUUAACAUGAAGAAAGAAGAUUUGCCGGUGGAGGCUCACAGUAUUAUAAAAGAAUGCAAAGGUUCCCCUCUUGUGGUGUCUUUAAUUGGUGCACUUUUACGUGAUUUUCCCAAUCGCUGGGCGUACUACCUCAGACAACUUCAGAAUAAGCAGUUUAAGAGAAUACGGAAGUCCUCCUUUUAUGAUUAUGAGGCUCUGGAUGAAGCCAUGUCUAUAAGUGUUGACAUGCUCAGAGAAGACAUCAAAGAUUAUUACACAGAUCUUUCCAUCCUGCAGAAGGACGUCAAGGUCCCUACAAAGGUGUUAUGUAUUCUCUGGGACUUGGAAACCGAAGAAGUUGAAGACAUAUUGCAGGAGUUUGUUAAUAAGUCUCUCUUAUUCUGUGAUCGGAAUGGAAAGUCAUUUUGUUAUUAUUUACAUGAUCUUCAAGUAGAUUUUCUGACAGAGAAGAAUCGAAGUCAGCUCCAGGAUCUGCACAGGAAGAUGGUCACUCAAUUUCAGAGGUAUUACCAGCCCAACACUCUGUCUCCAGAUCAGGAGGACUGCAUGUAUUGGUACAACUUCCUAGCUUAUCACAUGGCCAGUGCCAAUAUGCACAAAGAACUUUGUGCUUUAUUGUUUUCCCUGGAUUGGAUUAAAGCAAAAACGGAACUUGUUGGCCCUGCCCAUCUGAUCCAUGAGUUUGUGGAAUACAGUCAUAUAUUGGAUGAAAAGGACUGUGCAGUUUGUGAGAAUUUUCAAGAGUUUUUAUCCUUAAAUGGACACCUUCUUGGACGGCAGCCAUUUCCUAAUAUUGUACAGCUGGGCCUCUGUGAACCAGAAACUUCGGAAGUUUAUCAACAAGCAAAGCUACAGGCCAAGCAGGAGGUGGACAGUGGAAGGCUUUACCUGGAGUGGGUAAACAAGAAAACUGUCAAGAACCUCUCCCGCUUAGUUGUCCGCCCCCACACAGAUGCUGUUUACCAUGCAUGCUUUUCUCAGGACGGUCAGAGAGUAGCUUCUUGUGGAGCUGAUAGAACUGUACAGGUGUUCAAAGCUGAGACAGGAGAGAAACUUCUGGAAAUCAAAGCUCAUGAGGAUGAAGUGCUUUGCUGUGCAUUCUCCUCAGAUGACAGUUACAUAGCGACCUGCUCGGUGGACAGAAAAGUUAAGGUCUGGGAUUCUGUGACCGGGAAGCUGGUGCACACCUAUGACGAGCACUCGGAGCAAGUCAACUGCUGCCACUUCACCAACAAAAGUAACCAGCUUCUCCUGGCCACCGGCUCAAAUGACUUCUUCCUCAAACUCUGGGAUCUAAAUCAAAAAGAAUGCCGAAACACCAUGUUUGGUCACACCAACUCAGUCAGCCACUGCAGGUUCUCCCCAGACGAUGAGCUCCUGGCUAGUUGCUCGGCUGAUGGAACAUUAAAGCUUUGGGAUGUGAGAUCAGCAAAUGAGAAGCAAAGCAUCAAUGUGAAGCGGUUCUUCCUGAGUUCAGAAGACCCUCAAGAGGAUGUGGAAGUGAUAGUGAAAUGUUGCUCCUGGUCCGCAGAUGGCACUGAAAUAAUAGUGGCAGCAAAAAACAAAAUCCUCCUUUUUGAUAUCCACACUAGUGGCCUGUUGGCAGAGAUCCCCACAGGCCACCACAGCACCAUCCAGUACUGUGACUUCUCCCCCUAUGACCGUCUGGCCGUGGUUGCUCUGUCCCAGUACUGUGUGGAGUUGUGGAAUAUAGAUUCACAUUUAAAGGUAGCUGACUGCAGAGGACAUUUAAGUUGGGUUCACGGUGUGAUGUUUUCUCCUGAUGGGUCAUCAUUUUUGACAGCUUCUGAUGACCAAACAAUACGGGUCUGGGAGACCAAGAAGGUGUGCAAGAACUCUGCCGUAGUGUUAAAGCAGGAAAUAGAUGUUGUGUUUCAAGAAAAUGAAGCCAUGGUCCUCGCAGUUGACAACAUAAGAGGCCUACAACUCAUUGCUGGAAAAACAGGCCAGAUUGAUUACCUGCCCGAAGCUCAAGUGAGUUGCUGUUGCCUAAGUCCACAUCUUGAGUAUGUUGCAUUUGGAGAUGAAGAUGGAGCCAUUAAGGUUAUAGAACUUCCAAACAACAGAGUUUUCAGUUCUAGGAUUGGACAUAAGAAAGCUGUGCGGCACAUCCAGUUCACAGCUGAUGGGAAGACCCUGAUUUCAAGUUCUGAGGAUUCUGUGAUUCAGGUGUGGAAUUGGCAGUCAGAGGGUUAUAUCUUUUUGCAAGCCCAUCAGGAAACAGUGAAGGACUUCAGACUCCUGAAAAACUCAAGAUUGCUUUCUUGGUCCUUUGAUGGAACGGUGAAGGUAUGGAAUAUCAUUACUGGAAGAAUAGAAAAAGACUUUAUUUGCCAUCAGGGUACAGUGCUUUCUUGUGAUAUUUCUUCUGAUGCUACCAAGUUUUCAUCAACCUCUGCUGAUAAGACUGCAAAGAUCUGGAGUUUUGAACUGCUCUCCCCUCUUCAUGAGUUGAAGGGUCAUACUGGCUGUGUCCGCUGCUCUGCCUUCUCUCUGGAUGGCAUCCUGCUGGCAACCGGAGACGACAAUGGAGAAAUCAGGAUGUGGAAUGUCUCAAAUGGCCAGCUUCUUCACUUGUGUGCUCCGCUUUCAGUAGAAGAAGGAACUGCUACCCACGGAGGCUGGGUGACUGAUCUGUGCUUCUCUCCCGACAGCAGAACGCUUGUCUCUGCUGGAGGAUAUCUUAAGUGGUGGAAUGUUGUCACUGGGGAAUGCUCACAGACCUUCUACACCAACGGAACAAACCUCAAGAAGAUACAUGUGUCCCCUGACUUCCGGACAUACGUGACUGUUGAUAACCUUGGUAUUUUAUAUAUUUUACAGGUUUUAGAGUAAAAUGGCUAGGCAAUAAUGUAGUUCAGCUCCUUAAUUUUGAAUUGGAAAAAAAUUGACACUCUGUCCAUCAACGUUUUCUAAUGCUGUGAAUCGUAUUGUAGUAUCGCAUUCAUUACAAAAGUGUUCAUGGCUAGAUGAACAAUGUUAGUACAGCCGUCUCCACAAAUGAACACACUUUUACUCUGCUCAUCAUUUUUUUAGUAGUCAUCAUCGUUAUUAAGUUUGUUGCUAACCAGCAAAGGAAAUGUAAAUAUGUACCUUGCUACACUAUUGGUAAACUUCUUCCUUGAUGCAUUCCA